AGGCAGGCACGCACGCAGACACGAAGGGAGGUUUUGGACGAUGGCGCCAUUUUCACGAUUUCUCUUGGCGGUGGCGCUCCUCCCCGUCGUCGACGUCGCUGCCGGUGCUGCGCCCCGCGGCACGCGCUACUCCGGCAUCUUCAGCUUCGGCGACUCCCUCACCGACACCGGGAACUCGCUACGUCUAGCGGCCACCGGUUCGGGGCCAUCCAGCCGGCCGCCAUACGGCGAGACCUUCUUCCGCCACCCCACCGGUCGGGCGUCCGACGGCCGGCUCGUCAUCGACUUCAUCGUUGAGGCGCUGGGGCUACCGAACCCAAGGCCGUAUCUCGCCGGCAAGAGUGCAGGCGAUUUCCGGCGCGGCGUAAACUUCGCGGUGGGUGGAUCAACGGCGCUUGGCCCAGAUUUCUUCGACAGCAGAGGGCUUAAGCCGUUCGUGCCUGUUACUUUCACAAACCAAACCAGCUGGUUCAAGGACGUUUUACAGCUUCUUGGCUCGGUUCACGAGGGGAGAAGGAUGAUGGCGAGGUCGCUGUUCCUGGUCGGGGAGAUUGGAGUGAAUGACUACCUCGUGGCCUUGGGGAACAACACCGUUGGGGUCGGGGAGUUGCGGACCUUCGUGCCGCACAUCGUCGCCGCCGUCCGUUCAGUCCUGACCGAGGUGAUCGCCGCCGGCGCGAGAACGGUCCUAGUUCCCGGCAUGAUACCGCUCGGCUGCGAGCCGCAGCUGCUGGCCCUCUACAGGAGCGGCGACUACGACCCGGAGACCGGAUGCAUCACGGAGCUCAACGAUCUCGCGGAGCUGCACAACCGCGCGCUGAACGGCAUGCUCCGUCAGCUCCGGCGAGCUCACCCGGGCGUGGCCAUCCUCUAUGCAGACCUCUACGCCGCCGUCGCCGACUUCAUCGUUUCCCCGCGAAAAUACGGGUUUAGGGAUAAGCCGCUGGCGGCGUGCUGCGGCGGCGGGAAGGGCGCCUACAACUUCAACAUGACGGCCUUCUGCGGCGCGGCGGGGACGGCGGCGUGCGCCGACCCGUCGGAGUUCGUGUCCUGGGACGGGGUGCACUUCACGGAGGCCGCCAAUAGGCACAUCGCCUGCGCCACGCUCAAGAUCAACUCGCCAACCCUGUUAAGCUCGUGGACGGCGGAGGCAGUGCAAAGGGUUGGGUGCGCCGCGUGAAAGGCGACAGCGACAAGGUUUUU